AUGAGAUUGCAACUGCAUCUGUCCAUUGUGGCUCUCCUUGUACAUGUGGCUACUCUUGUUGCUGCUCAGACACACAAUGCGGAUUCCCUGGCAGCUAUCCUGAGUUUACCAGCGUGUCCGUUGAGCUGCAUAUUGAAGUCGCGGGCCAACUCGACAUGUGCCCGAACCGACGUGAAAUGCUCUUGCACUGAUGAACCCUCGAAGAGUAUCGCAAGUGCCUGCAUUAUCAACAAUUGCACAAUCCAGGAAGGCCUGACCGCACAAAACACGACGGCAACCGUCUGUGGACUCCCUGUGCGCAACGUCCAAGAAUCCUUUCGCAGAGCCGACCGCACGCUCAUCUCCGUUUCGGCCUUGUUCAUCGUCUGCCGCUUCUCGUACAAAAUCUUCUUUAUGCCUCAGGAUCUCUGGUGGGACGACCUCUCCCUCUUGAUGACCUUUUGCUUCAGCCUUGCCGGCACCGUCAUCAGCGACCUAGGGGCCUUGAAGAGCGGCAUGGGUCGCGACGUCUGGACCCUGAAGUUGACUGACGUCGUUGCUUUUAUAAGAUUCCACUGGAUCGCUGGGAUCAUGUACUUCCUCGACCUCAUGUUCCUGCGCCUCUCGCUGCUGUUCUUCUUCGUACGCAUUUUCAGCGUGGGCAAGACACCGGCUGUCAUCUACGCGACCAUGAUAUUCAAUGUUCUUUUUGGAGUGACGACGACAAUCGCCAUGUUGUUCACUUGUCUGCCCGUAAGCUACGUCUGGGAAAAGUACAUGAAGGACGACGCGAUAGGUACAUGCUCGAACAACACCGCGUUAAUCUGGGCGCAAGCCAUCAUCGGCAUCGCGCUGGAUUUCUGGAUGCUGUCGAUCCCGCUCUACAAUAUUCGCAAACUUCAGAUGCCGCUGAGCAAGAAGAUCGCAACGGUGCCCAUGUUUCUGGUUGGUUUUGCGGCCACGAUUGUCGGAAUAUUACGCCUCAUGGCCAUUCAACAGGUUGGGGUAACAACUGCUGCCAAUCCUACCAUGACGAGAAUGAAAAUCACCCUAUGGUCCAUCCUCGAACUCAACGUAGGCAUCGUAUGCGUCUGCAUGCCCACCUUGCGCCUCAUCUUCGUCCGCCUAUCUCCCUGCCUCGGCCGGGCCGCCAGAAAAUCGAUACUCUAUAGCGGCAGCCAGAAGCUAGGCUCUCGCUCCAACCAGGGUUCUGGUUCCAGCACGCGUCAUGACCAGGAGUACGCAAUUAAGCGGCAGGUUUCCAUCAACCAACGGUAUUCAUGGAAGGAGGAGACGGAGAAUACGAAGAAACCGGACAUUGAGGCCUUUGACGAGGUGAUUGUGGAGGCGGAUGGGAGGAUAGUGGCGAGGCCGAGGGUGGUGGCGAGCGUGAAUGGGAUGCAUUCGGAUGAUGAAGUGGAAUUGUUGGAGUUGGAUCAGCGGGCAGGCUUCAGACAUUGCGAUUCCGUCCGUCUACAGCUGGGUGAAGAGCUGCAUUCGAGUUGUUCCACGGGGAAACCAGAUGCUGGCCGUGAGUCUUGCCGGUCUGUCGAAAACACUUGCUGGAGCAGUGGAGAAUGGAGAUCUCCCAAGACAUUCAUCAACAGCCCCAUCUACAUUCCAUUCUGGAUUGUCAGCCAGGAUAACCUACUCGAGCGAAUUGAACAUGGCCAGAAUAUUGUGUCUGAUGAGCUGCAAGACCAAGUGGCCGGUGUGUUGCGUCAAGCGCCCAUUGGCCGUGCCUGGGCGAUGCGGCGUGGGCUGCGCUUCCGAAGAAGGGAGGCAAGAAGGUGUUGUCCAGUAUGCUGGCUGUUUGAUUGUCUGUCGGUGUCGGCUGGAACUUGGGCGGCCAUUGUGGAGAGAAAAGACGAGGGCGAGGGCGAGGAUUCGGGAAAGAGGUGUUGUGGCCCUACUUCCCCAUUCGGCCAUGCCUCUCACAAGGAACGUCUGCACGAGCCGCAAGGCACGAGGGAGGAGGUGGAGGCCCGCGCAUAG